AGACGCUACAGUAAUAGACCGGAUAAAGGAGGGCACGUGCAUCAUACCCAACCUAAACAUCCUGGACGAAGGGACCUCACACAAAAUCAACGGCGUACGCCUGUUGGGACUUGGCGGUGAUAUUGUAUACGACCGACUGUUCGAUCAUGGGAAAGCCCAGGGACUUGUACCAGGGGAGAGUGGGUACAUCUGGUCUACGAUGUUCCAGAUAGUGCGCCUGUUACAAACAGCCAGGGAAACUUUUGACAAGAAAGAAACGCGCAUAUUUUGUGCGUACAAAAGCUUGGGCAAGGAGGCGUUGAUUGCUCUGUUAGCAUCGCAUGUGAAUGCCAACUUUUGUGUAGGCGGGCAUGUGCAUGCUCCAUACUGCGCAACCUUUACACACUGGACCACCCAGGAUGCGGCCUCAUGGGGAAGCUGGAUAGAAACCACGAUCACACAAGUACAAGACAACUGGGCACAGGUGCAGACGGACGUCGAGAAGUGUUGUUCGGCGACAGUUAGAGAAUCUUUAGAAUCGGCGAUGGAAGUGUUCCAAACUGUCCCGUCGCUGGACAGCAUGCGUGCUCUGUGGGGUGUUGUGCUAUGUGACUUGGAACUGGGUUACGCGAUAGCCAACCUCAAGAACCACAAACUGGGGUUGGAGACCAUAUCUACAGGUAUGAGAGUGUGA